UUCAUUCAUUUCAAUCUACUUUAUUAUUCCAAAUACAUUAUCUUAGCUAUACACUUAAAAGUGUGAAAGAGUGGAGAAAGAAAGAAUGGGAAAAGAGAUAGUGAGAGCAGAAUCAGGUGAUGAGUCAACCUUCAACUGGUCAUCAGAUUCAUCAUCAAUACCAUCAUCCGCAUUUGACCAAGAGGAAAAUAGGAUGCCUUUGUUGGCAUUGAACCAUGUUUCCUAUGCUUGCAAGUCUGUUCCCAAAAGUGUCCAAUUCUAUGUGGAAGUUCUUGGCUUUGGUCUCAUUCAGAGGCCCUCUUCUUUCGAAUUUGAAGGAGCUUGGUUGUUCAACCACGGAAUUGGAAUACAUUUGAUAGGGGAAAAAAAUGCACCGUCAAAGCAGGGGAAAAUAAACCCAAAAGACAAUCACAUUUCAUUCCAAUGCUCAGAUAUGAACCUUAUUAUUCAGAGAUUGCAUGAGAUGAAGAUCGAGUAUGUUACAGCUAUUGUGAAGGAUGGUGGAAUCACAGUGGAUCAACUCUUUUUUCACGACCCAGAUGGCAAUAUGAUUGAGAUAUGCAAUUGCCAAAAUAUCCCAAUUCUUCCAAUUUCCUCUUGUCCUCUCAAGAAGCUCUCCAAUCUUCCAACAUUUAACCAAGCAACAAUUCCAAAUUCUUUCUACGGGAAAGGAACCAGUAAGAAGAAUUGCGUUGGAGAAAUGGAAUAUGUUAUGAUGGAGAGCUUAGCCAUGAAUAUGAUGGACAUUGCAUUUUGAAUUAAUUAUACAUAGCUUGUACGAGACGAGUCUUUUUUUUUGUACUGUUGCCACUGCAUAUAUUAAUAAAACCACUUUUUUU